AUGGAGGUCUCCAAUCCACCCAGUUUCGAGAUACCAGUCCCCCAUCCAACGGCGAGGAUCAUCCUAACUCCACCGAGGUUGAAUGACGGCGCCGCAGUGAUCGCAGCUCUGAACGAUCGCCGAGUUUACAUGAACCUAACUUCACCUCCGUAUCCUUACACUCUGGAUGACUGGAGACUUUGGUUCAAAGACAUUUCAGACGUAGCCGGACACAAUGCGGAAAAAUUACAACAAAUCACGAAUCAUCCAGGGCCCGUCUCGGGAGACGCAGCGCGUGCAAAGCAAAUCUGGUCGGGGUGGGUGGGGUGGUUUUCGUCGAUCAGAGAAAUCUUGUCAGAUGAGGACAAAACCGAUAGAUAUCUGGGCGAGAUCACAGUCGGCCGCAGUCGGUUUCUGUUCAUCCCCGACGAGGCAGAAAGAGCAAAGACACGACAUGGCAACGACAGUCUGGCUGCCGGAGAUCCCAACAUCGUAUGGGAAGUAGGAUUCUACCUCGCCUCCGAACACCACGGCCGCGGAGUCAUGACCAGAGUCCUCCAGACCGUCAUGAGCGAGGUCCUCAUCCCUGGGUACAACGUACAUCACAUGGUCGCGACUUACUUCGAGCAUAACAUUGCUAGCAAGAGAGUCUUGGAGAAGUGCGGAUUUGACUAUGUGACCACGGUCCCAAAUGUACACACGUUGGAGCCGGGCAAGACCGGAGGGCAAGAAGGCCAAACAGUCGGUCUGGGUGUCAUGAAGUGGGAGAGCAAGGCCGCCGGAGAAGCGUGA